CUCUUUCUCUCCCCCCUCUCCAUCCUUGCCAUCAGCAGCCCAUCAUCAUGGCAUCACCCCUGUCUGAGGCAAACGCCAACUUCUCCCUGGCCCUGUUCCAGAAGAUUGCAGAGGAAACCCCAACAGGAAACGUCUUUUUCUCUCCCCUCAGCAUCUCUUUAGCUCUGGCCAUGGUGCUACUCGGCGCUAGGGGCAACACGGCCACACAAAUGUCCGAGUCCCUGCACCUUCACAAGACAGAGGAUGAUGUGCACGUGGCCUUUAGUAAGCUGAUGGCUCAGCUGAACAAGAAAAAAGCCCCCUAUGCCCUCAGUCUGGCUAACAGGCUCUACGGAGAGCAGACCUACCAGUUUGUGAAGGAGUUUCUAGGAGACACCAGGAAAUACUACGAUGCAGAGCUAGAGACUGUGGACUUUGGAAAGAAUUAUGAGGCGGCCAGGCUCAACAUCAACGGCUGGGUGGAGAAACAGACUCAAGAUAAGAUCCAGAAUCUUCUGCAGAAGGGCACUCUGGAUGAAUUGACCAAGCUGGUGUUGGUCAACGCCAUCUACUUCAAGGGCAGCUGGGAGGAAAAGUUCAAGGCCACAAGCACAAGAGACACCCAGUUCAAGCUCAACCAAAAUGAGAGCAAGCCAGUGAAGAUGAUGUACCAGAAGACAGAGUUCCCCCUGAGAUUCAUCCGUGAGGCCAACUGUCAGAUCCUGGAGCUACCUUAUGUUGGAAAAGAUCUGAGCAUGCUCAUCAUGCUGCCCAAUGAGAUCACAGGUCUGACGAAGCUGGAGAAGAAUCUGAGCUAUGAGAACUUUAUAGAAUGGACCAGACCAGACAUGAUGUAUAUAACGGAAGUGCAGGUGGGCCUGCCCAGGUUCAAGUUGGAGCAGACCCUGGACCUGGGAGCCAAACUGACCAGUAUGGGCAUGACGGAUGCCUUCGACCAGGGCCUUGCUGACUUCUCUGGCAUGUCCCCCAGCAACGACCUUUUCCUGUCCAAAGUCAUCCACAAAGCCUUUGUGGAGGUCAAUGAGGAGGGCACAGAAUCCGCCGCUGCCACGGCCGUUAUCAUGCAGUGUCAUAGCUUCGUCACCUUAGCCUCCUUCAUUGCUGACCACCCCUUCCUCUUCUUCAUCAGACACAACCCCACCAAUAGUGUCCUCUUCUAUGGGCGCUACUGCUCUCCCUAGACCCUGAAAAGGAUGGAACAAUUCUGAGGGGUGUGUUGCAAUGAUUGUCAGUGGAAGGAACCAUGUGAUGACAGGCAGAUAUGUGUUUAUUUUGGAUAUGUGUUUGCGUUGCAUUCUUACCAUGUAUUCAUCAGCUAUAUGCACAUGUAUAAUAUAAAAUAUAGUGUGAUGUGUAAUAUUUCAGCUGCUGCCAGAAUAUACCACUAUUUGAUUAAUGGAUUUUUUGCUGCAUUUAACAAUAAUAUGACCAAAAGUAAGUAGUUAUGUCACCUUAACUGGUCUGAAGCAGUAAUACACUGCACUAUGUUACAGUAUACUGUUAUCAGAGUUGCCUUACUAUUACUAUGAAAGUGCAAUCAUCCCCACAAGGUCAUGUGUUGUAAUAAACUCAUAAUUACACCAUUUGAAUGAGGUGUCAUU